ACAAGACUACUAUACAUACAUAACACAACACAGCAAGCCUACUUCCCUUUACUCCUUUCGAGGUCCAUCCAUAAUCACGUUCCUCUAGGAUUUGUCUUUCUUUUUCUCUGCCCUCUUUCCUUUUUUCACUUCACCAGUUUAAUAUAAAGUCCCUUCUUCUUCCUUCUGCCAAAUUAAUUAUUUUCUUAUAACAUCCAUUCAUUUUUUUUUUUGUACAAACAAGCCGGACCCAUGUAAGCAAAUAAUUCUUUCACCCCUUUCAAUCUCCUAUCUUUUUUCUUUUUUAUUUCUGUGGUGUACUGCUUGCCUGUUAAUGCUGGUAAUUUGCUAUGCUUUUUGUGGACGGAAUAAUUCAGCACAUUGCCUAGAGCUUUUUUUAAAAAAGGUGAUUUUGUUGUGGUGGGGUUUGAUGGGGUGAACUCAAAGGCAUAAUGGAUAUCAGCAUCAGUGAUGAUGAAGAAUGUGUAUUUUUUGACGCCUUUGAGAACAUUGAGUUCAGCGCCAGUAUUGAUAAUUGUGUCACUAGUAGCUACCUGUAUGAUGUGUGGACUAGAAGUCCUAACAGUGUUAAAGAGCGUCGUAGGGAAUUCAUUAGUUGGAUGGGAUUACGCUCAAAUGCUGGAGAAGAUUCAGUAGAUAUAUGUGGAAGUUCUGAUUCUAGUUGUGAAAUUGAACGGAUUAUGGAGAGUGGCGAGGCUGUGGUGCGAACCUCCGUUCUUGAAGACAAAUUUCCUUCUCACCAAGUUGGUGUUUUGGGUUCAUAUAAAGAGUUGGAUUCAAAUGAGACAUUUGUGUGUCGAAGUGGAAAUUCAGAUGGGGAAAGUGAGUGCAAUGUACAUGACCAGGAUGAAAAUAAUCACAGAAUCAUGAAAUUGGAACAAAAGCUGAGGACUUGCGAGUCAAAGCAUUCAUAUAUGUCCCCCAUAAUUCCGGAACUUGGACAACAAGAAUUUGAGGUCAAUGGAGAUGCUGGGAGGAAACUGAAUGGAGUUAAGAGGCAUUUAAUUAGUAGAUUGCGAUCACUGACAUGCAUUAUAAAUGGCAGAGGGAGAAGUGACAAUUCAAAGGCCGACAAUGCUAGUGCUGUCCAAAGGUCUAGGGUUCGAAGGACUAAGGUUCACCAACGCAAGAAGCAAUUAAAUGAACUCUCUGCACUUUUUGUGGGGCAAGAUAUCCAGGCUCAUGAAGGUUCAGUAUUAACUAUGAAAUUCAGCCUUGAUGGGCAAUACCUAGCCACUGCUGGUGAAGAUAAGAUUGUGCGUGUAUGGCAAGUGGUGGAAGAGGAGAGAUCCAAUGAAAUUGAUAUUUCAGACUUAGAUCCGUUUUGCAUGUACUUCAGGGUGAACCAUCUUUCGCAACUUGCUCCGUUGGUGACGGAGAAAGAUAGAACCAAUAAAUUGAGGGGUCUAAAGAAAACAUUAGGGUCUUCAUGUGUCAUUGUCCCGCCUAAGGUCUUUCGAAUUUUGGAAGAACCGCUGCAUGUGUUCCAAGGACAUAGUGGCGAUAUAUUGGAUGUUUCAUGGUCAAAGAACAAUUAUUUGCUUUCAUCGUCAACUGACAAAACUGUUCGUCUUUGGCAAGUUGGAAAUGAUAAAUGCCUCAAAGUUUUUUCACACAGUAAUUAUGUGACUUGCAUACAAUUUAACCCAGUAAAUGAUGAUUACUUCAUCAGUGGUUCAAUAGAUGGAAAAGUUCGCAUUUGGGCGAUUAAUAGCGGUCAAGUUGUGUCUUGGACGGACAUAACAGACAUUGUGACUGCUAUUUCCUAUCGUCCUGAUGGGAAGGGCGGGAUUAUUGGUUCUAUAGCAGGAGCAUGUUGCUUCUUUAGUUUAAUAGAUCAUGAAAUUCAACUGGAGGAGCAGAUUUAUUUGGGCGGUAAGAAGAAGUCACUAUGCAAAAGAAUUACUGGGUUUCAGUUUAAACCACAAGACCCAAGCAAAGUGAUUGUUACUUGUGCGGACUCCCUAAUAAGAAUCCUUAGCGGGAUGAAUGUGAUUGGCAAAUACAGAGGCCUAAGAAAUGCAGGAAGCCAUCUCUCUGCUGCUUUCUCCUCAGAUGGAAAGCAUAUCGUCUCUGCAUCUGAAGAUUCUAAUGUCUAUCUGUGGAACUUUCACAUCCCAGCAGAGUCUUCUGUGUCUCAACCUGAAGAAGUGAGAUCAUUUGAGUUCUUCUCUAGUGAUGCAUCCAUUGCAAUACCUUGGUCUGGCCUAAAAAAUGUCAACCACGAGAAUCAGUGUCACUCACAAGGACCAAGUCAAAGCUUAAACAAUUUCCCAUUCCGGGCAUCUCCUUGUUUCUCUUUAGGACAAGGGUUAUUUUUAGAAGCAAUUCCCAAGGGAUCUGCGACCUGGCCCGAAGAGAAGCUUCCACUGUCAAGUCCUACGUCUGUGCCUUCGGCAAUGUGUAAAUCUCAAUACAAGUUUCUCAAAAGUUCAUGCCAGAGUUCAUCCAGUUAUCAUUCCUGGGGUUUAGUUAUUGUUACUGCAGGCUAUGAUGGGCGUAUAAGGUCAUAUCAUAAUUAUGGACUGCCUUCGCCAGUUUGAGAAGUAUUUUUUCAUGAUUUUUCAAGGAAAUGGAAAUUAUGGACUGCCUUCGCCAGUUUGAGAAGUAUUUUUUCAUGAUUUUUCAAGGAAAUGGUAGUUAUCUCCUCUUUUGGCUGCCCAUUUUGGGAUUGCAGAUACUGCCACUGCGUGUAUAUCCUGUGUCAUGGAACCACCCAACAGGGUUCACUGUUGCAACGAGAGCUCCAUACGGGAAAUGAUGUUUGGCAGGCCCCUUUAGCUACUUACAAGUCAUAUCAGAGUUUGCUUGGAUAUACCUGAUCUUGGCACUAGUUGGCACCUAAUUUUAGUUCAUUAGCGCCAUUCAUCCACCAACCUUGGAAGGCCAUAAAUAAUUUUUACAAGAGGUCAACAUAAUAUGCUUAUCCUUAUGAGGUGCCUGCGGGGCCUUUCAUAAUUCUCUUUCCUUUGGUUAUCUAAAUGAGACCAGGCAAGGAGCUAGUGGCUGUAAUUUGCUCAAGGAGAAAUGGUGGGGUACUUCAUCUUUUAUGGCAUGCUGUCUGUUCUGAAUGAUUGAAUUGUUGUCUGCCAUACAGUCAGUCCAUUGAAGAUAGGAGUAACCACUGGUUGAUUGUGAGGAAGGUAGGGCCUCUUCCGGUUGAAUUGGAGUGUCGUAGGAGGUGAACGUGCAUGAGAUCUCAGUGCUAAUGUCAGUUAAUAAUAAAGUUGGAAUGCUUUGGGCUGGUGCUCGGCUCUACCUCUGCUUGAAACAGCACUUUUUCUGGUCAAAGAGGGAGGUUCAUUAUAGAGAGGGUGCUGGUAACAUGGUCUUUUUUGGGGCACGCUUCUAAACUCGGAGAUAAUGUCUCUGGUCUUCCACCCUUCUCCACUUAAAUACCCAACUUUUGUCUACAACCAAGAGCAAACUUGUGACGUGUGCGUAAUCCAACACAUCAUGUGUUGUGCUAUUACCACUGGAUCAAAGUCCAGGGCAAGGCUGCUGAUAACAUAGUUAACACUUAACAUAGGUGGAAUUUUCAAAUUUCCAUCUCCAAAAUUGUAUUUAGUAGCAUCACGAUGUUGUUAUAACACGAGUGAAACGACAAAUGUGACUUCAUUGAUUAGUUCUUCUGUACAGAGAUUUGUAGAGUUAUUAGUGUAUGUUAUAGAGAUGAGCGCUCUUCUUGCAAAAUUGCUAAUAGCAGCUGAUCCUUGCUUUGAGGUUCAACGAUUUUGCUUCCAGGUAUCAUCAUUGUUGUUUUUGAAA